CAAGGAAAUACAUUUCGUUUCCACAUACAAGUUGUAACAUCUUCAUUGUCAUCAUCAUUUCAACAAUUCUCCAUACACAUAAGAAUCCAGAUACAAUACGCAAAGUCACAACAAGAUGGAGAGAGAACUAUCAAACAUAUUGGAUAUUACUCCAAACCUGAACAAAAAAAUGGACUGUCAUAGUUCAGGUUUUAGAAUGUGGGGAUACAAAACAGAGCAGAUCAAAAAAUUACUACAAAAGACUGAUGAUUACUAAUACCCAGGGUACUAAGGUAUCAGCUUUAAUCUUUAGUGACUAUCUCGAGUUUUUUAAAAACACAUUCCAACUAUACAAACGCUACCGCAUUUCAAAUGCAACGUUAAUACUGACAGAACCAAGAUAUCGACUCGGGUCAUACGAACAUUCCUGGUCGCUUACCAAAAAAACCCUCAUUGAACCGCAACCAGAUCUAACCUCUCCAACACUCCCAAACCUAUUCAACUUUACCCCUUUUAGUGAGAUGUUUAAGUACGCAGAUGUAGAAAACAACCUAAGGCUAUCACUGUCAACAGGUAAUGGAUCUUCCAUCCUUAUAAAUCCACCAGUCAACACAGAUCUACGGCUAUACAACUGGUUUCAACAAAACAACAAAGAAAUAAAGGACUUACUUCAAAGGGAAACAUACAAAGAUACUGAUAUUCUUUUGCCACAUCCCAAAUAA